AUGCAUCCCCAGCCCCAGAAUCCUCCCGAGGACUCCUCUGCGACCCUCGAGGAACGCGAAGCCGCCCCCAACAAACCCUUUGCCUGCCCGCAUCCUGGCUGCAAGCGCUUCUUCACCCGCCGCUUCAACCUGCGUUCCCAUCUGCUGGUGCACUCGGCCCAACGUCCGUACGCCUGCGAGUUUUGUGCCGUUGCCUUUCGGCGCAAGCACGAUCUGCAACGGCACAUCCGCAGCAUCCACACCCAUGUACGCCCCUACACAUGCCAAAAGUGCGGCCUCGGCUUUGCUCGCUCCGAUGCCCUGAAGCGUCACAUCGAAACC